UAUUAGUUCUUUUCUCUAUUCCUUUCGUCAUAUGGCGUUCUAGUGUGUUUCGCGUUCAUCCGCCAUAUUAAAUGAAAUCAAUAAAACAGGACAAAAUGUCGCCCUACUGAAGUGCGUAAAAUAAUCCACUAACAUCCAGUUUUUGUGUGGUUAAAUCAUCAAGAGGAUCACAAUGGAAAAUUCCUACGGUGUGGGGGUUGAUAACAGAUACGCUCUUUUUUUGGACGAUGAGUCCGAUCCUCUUGAUGCGUUAAAAGCGCGAGAGCAGGCUAAGGAGCUCAAAAAGAAGACCAAAGAAGCUGAAAAAGAAAAUAAGGGCAAGCCCGAAGCCAAACCUAAAGGCGGUACAACUGUCAGGAAAGGAAUCAAGGAGACCCAAAAUGUGAAAACGCAGGAUAAUAAGAGCGGUGAUCAACAAAAGAGCAAGGGCCCCGCUCGACCGAACGAUCGCAAUGCGGAACGUCCACCUCCGAGGCGUCGCGAGGACCGGCCGCAGAACGGCGCCGUGGAGACCAAGGAUGGCGCUCCGCGACCCCCGAGGCAGUUCAGCGACCGAAGGCCUAACUUCGAACGGCGCAACUUCAACGAAAACCCGGAGGGUGCCGAACGCCGUGGACCGAGACCUCCGCGCGAACCUCGUGAGCGCGACGGACAGCGCGGGCCGCGUCCGGGCUACGACAACCGAGGAAAGCGCGAGUUCGACAGGAGGUCGGGCUCCGACAAGACCGGCGUGAAGCCGGUCGACAAGCGCGAGGGCGGAGGCCCGCACAACUGGGGCACCAUCAAGGACGACCUCGACGAGCUGAACAAAACCGGCUCCGAGGGCGAAGCGGUCGAGGAGAAGGCGCCGGACGCCGCGGGAGCCGGCGACGGGCAGCAGCCGGAGCCCGAGCGCGCCGCGCCGGCCGAGGAGGAGCCGCGCGAGCUCACGCUGGACGAGUACAAGGCGCUGCGGAACGCGCAGCGCACCGCGCCGCAGUGGAACCUGCGCAAGGCCGGAGAAGGUGAGGACCUCAGCCAGUGGAAGAACCUGGUCAUGCUGGAGAAGAAGAAGGAGGGCGGCGAGGACGACGACACCGACGAGGAGUACGACAUCGCCGACUACCCGCAGCGCGUGGGCCGCCAGAAGCGCGUGCUGGGCAUCGAGUUCACGUUCAACGACAACUCGCGGCGCGGCGGCACCGGCGGACGGGGCCGCGGCCGCGGGCGCGGGCGAGGGCGCGCGCCCCCGCGCGAGGAGGCGCCGGUGGAGGAGCGCGCGGUACCGCGCCAGCAGGUCGCCCCGCCGAAAGUAGAUGACAACAAGGAUUUCCCCUCUCUCGGCUAAACUCAUAGUGAGCGUCGGCUCUUCUCCGUAUGAUAGAAAUACAAAUAAAUAUUGUAUUACCGUUAUUUUUGAACUAAAUAUACAAAAUAUUUACACGAGCGUGUAUUAUAUUACAAAUUAAUUUGUAGGUUAUGACGUUGACCGUCUUUGAAUCUGCAAAUGACGUUGUUGGAUUCGCUUCUAAUAAUUCUCAUACGAGGGUUUUCUUGAUCAUGCUCAUUUGUUGAAUAGCAUGUAACGGAGGGGGAGGAUAUUUUUAAGAGUUUUAUUUUCAAUACACAUAGCUACGACAUAGCAUAUUAUGAAUCUAUCAUAACAGUAGCUUUUAUCAUUGUAAUCACAGCUUUUAACUAUCGAAUAAGAUUUUAAAGUUACAGACUGUGACAUACUAUAAUGAAAUAACUCCGUCACAACUUAGUGUAGAACAUUGUGAAAAAAUAACCCUUGUUGCAUUUUAUAUCAUGAGUUUGUGUUGACAAAUGCAGACUUUGGGAACUGUAAAUAGUUAUAUGUUUAAAAAAUAAGGUCUUAACAAGGUUGAUUUUU